CAUCGUGAUUGAAAAUUCUGAAAUUUUUUUUUGUUUAUCAAAAAAAAAAAAAAAAAUGGAUAUAACCAAGCAUAAUUUUGCACAAAAUAUCCAUAAAAUUGAUGAACAAAUUUCAAAUUGUGAUUUCAUAUCCAUUGAUUGUGAAUUCAGUGGCCUGUUUCAUAAUCAACGUAGAAAUAAUGAGCUAGAUAAUUAUGAACAAAUUUAUGUGACUACACGGCAAAAUAUAAAUCAAUUUCAAAUUUUACAAUUUGGACUUUCUUUAUUUAAAAAAACAACAGAUGAAUAUAAUUUUGAUUGUCAUUCAUAUAAUUUUUAUAUUUUUCCAUCAAAAUGUAUAUUUUUAUCCGAAGAUCAACGUGACCGUUGUUUUUUAAGCCAAUCAUCAUCAUUAACAUUUCUGGUUGAAAAUGGUUUCGAUUUCAAUAAAGUGAUUCGUGAUGGUAUCACAUACAUUCCAUUGAAUCAAUUAGCUACAGUUGAAACAAAAAUCAAAGCAAAACUUGAAGAAAAUCAAAUGAAAACAAAUUUUAUUGAAAUAGAAAAAGAUGAGGAUAAAAAAUUCUUUCAAGAAAUCAAUGAUAAAUUGAUAAAAUUUAUGAAUAACAAUGAUCAACAGGAAGAAAUAUUACCACAAUGUAAUUCAUAUUAUCGACGAAUAAUCUAUGAAACUGUACGAAAAUCAUCAUUCAAUGAUUCAAUACAAAUGUCAACAGGAAAAAACGAGAACAAAGGAUCGAUAAUAUUGAAAAAAGGUACACCAAAACCAAAAGAUGAACAAGCUAAAGCAUUAAUGUUUGAAAAUGUUGGAUUCACAUUGAUCAUAAAAUCAUUGAUCAAACAUCAGAAACCAUUAAUUGGCCAUGGCAUGUUUUUUGAUUUGUUACACAUCUACAAUAUAUUCAUUGAACCAUUACCAGAAAAGUAUGAUGAAUUCAAACAAUCGAUUAAAAGUUGUUUCAAUAAUGUUUAUGAUACGGCUCAUAUUUCAAUGUGUCCAAGUUUGAAGAAUUUUUCCACAAAUUGGGCAUUAAAAAAAGUAUUCGAAACUGUACAAAGUGAACCAUUUCUUGAAACGGGAUUCUUAUUGAAAAAUUCUCCAUCCGAAUAUAGUAAUGAUAAUUUUAAUCGUUAUCAUGAAGCUGGAUAUGAUUCCUUUAUAACUGGUUGUUGUUUUGUGCAAAUGAUCCGUUAUCUAUGUGUCCAAGAUAAUUUAUCAUUAGAAGAUUUUUUUAACAAUAACAAAAUAUUGGAUAAAUUUAGGAAUCAAAUUUUUAUUUAUGGAAAUUAUGAUAUCAAAUUCCUGAAUCUUCAAGGCAACGAUGAACCAUUGAAUCGAAAUCACAUUUUUCAUAUGAAUUUUACAAAAACAUUUACACGACAUGAUUUGAAUUUAAUAUUUGCCGAAUUUGGUGGAUUGAAUCGAAUCGUUUUUCUGGAUGAAGAAUCUGCUUUUUGUAUACUAAGAGAUGAAGGUAAAACAGCCGAAGUUAUUGAAGCACUUAUUGUGAAUCCUAAAGGAUAUAAAUUCGGUUUUAAGAUACAACAUUAUUCUGAAUUUAUGAAGCAGAAAACCACCAAUACUGCACAAAAGCAACAACCGCUAGCCACUUCAAUGAAACCUAAACAUGAAUCAACGCCUAUGACAUCCAAAGACUCAUUGGAUGAAUGUGUAAAGAAAAAAAUCAAAUUAUCAAAUACUCCGAUUAAAUCCCCUAAUGUUGUCAAGAAAAAGUCAUCACAAAUGGUUGACAAAUUAUUUGAUGAUAAUAUGUCCUGGACAACUGCCACUCAUUAGUCAUUGUUUUGAAUUUAUUCAUGUGUGUAUUUAAUUAAUUAUGAAUUUUUUGACCAUUUUGUAAAACUAUUUCAAGAAAUUUUAUUACUUUUCCCGUAUAAACUUGUUCAUGUAUAAAUCAUGUCAUAUGAAUGAA